UGACAGCGCUACCCUGGCACUGGGAGGAGGAGGAGGCAGCUCUCCCCAGUGGGAGAAGGCCUUCACGCACCUUUUUUUUUGUCCCAAACACCUUAAAAAAAAAAAAAAAAAAAAAAGUGCUGCUUUCGGAAACAGCUCUUUGUGGGCAGCCGUGGCGGGUGGAGGAGCAGAGCGAAGCAGGGGGUGGGUUUUUUUUUUUAGCUGCGACGCGAGUCACAAAAACCCACCGCUGGUCUCCGAAGGGGAAAAGAACUCUCUGGUGGCCCCAUAUUUAAUGUCACAAGGGCAGGGACCGGCCGUGGCGUUGACCAAUGUCUACGCCGAGCCACAUGCGCCACCGCGCUCAGCUCCCGGCGGCCGCAGGAAGGGUCCCGGUCCUCGGUGGUACUGGGCGCUGCUGGGAGCUGGAUGGGUUGGGGCCGCGGCCCUGGCGGGCGUUGUGCUGUGGCUGCUGCAGCGACGCGGUUCCAUCCUCUGUCCCACCACGCCGCCGCGGGUCAAACCCACCCUCGUUUCAGGUGGGGACCGCCCCAUCCUGCAGCAGGACACGGCCCCGUGCUCCUGGGAAACCUGCCUGACCGACGCCAGUCGACAUCCCGACGUCCCGCAGACCAAAUGCUCCCUCGAUUGCUUCCGCUUGCAGCUUCGCCAGCAGCUGUGCGAGCGAGGAAGCCACCACCCAGCAGGUACCGCGGCUCGGCAUCACCUUUUGGGGUGCACGUGGAGAGCCCCCCACCUCGUUGAGGGUGCCAGAGGCUUCUUGUCCCCUCUCCACAUGGGAGAGAGGAACAACAAGACCAGGAACACUGGGGAAAGCGCCACAAAAUCCCCCCAAUUCUGUCCCCAUCCACGUCACCCUCUCCCUGUACCACCCCAUGCCCUCACCACCUUCCUCUGUUGCUCCUCCUGCUUUCCCCCCACACCAAGGCGGGGGCGUUUCCAGCCCACCUUCCCAAAAAAAUGCACCUGGAGGGGCUCAAACAGCAGGAAAAGGCUCCAGGGGCAGCCAGGGGAUGAAGGCCCACUCGCACUCCUCCUCCGCUGCAGGCCCCUUGCCGUGCUGGCUCUGUCCCGCCGGCUGGCGGCCGUUCGCAGCCAAGUGCUACUGGGUUUCUACGAAAAGCAAAGCCUGGGGGACGGCGGCGGCGGACUGUGCGUACUGGCGAGCACAACUGGUCAGACUGGAGAGCCUGGAGGAGAAGGUCUCCGGUGAUGGGUCCCAAGGAGGCGGACGCUUGUGCGGCGAUUCGGAGGGGCGAGCUGCACUCCCACAUCUGCAGCACCCCCUUGCACUGGAUUUGCCAGAAAGAAGCCAC